CUCUUAGCGGCUCGCUCUGCUGCUCGCCAGUUCGUUAGACUGAUGGGCGGACUCGUCGCAUCUACCUCGCGCGCCCCGAUUCUGAGCUGGGCUGGAUUGAGUUUCCGCGUCGUCGUCGAAUGGCGGGGUCACACGCCGCCAGGAAUAAGGGACUCUCUAGAGCUGCUGCUGCGCCAGCCGAGUCGAGGCAAGGUGACUUGCUGUCGCUCCGACUAUUUAAUUCGUUCUUCGGAAGGACAAUGCAAGCUCAUUCCUUGCGACGACAAAUAAGCCUUCUACCUUCACUACCUAUCACCCUAGUUUUCUCAGAAUUGCAGCUCAUUUGACCGACAUGGCCAUCCGCGUUACAGGCAUCCUCGUUGCUGUACUCUGCCUCGCUGCAGUUGCCUCUAGCGCCUCUGUUCCUCAAAACCUCACCGCUCUCCACCGCGAAGGACCGCGCCGUGCUCUCCAGGGCCUCCCCCCGUUCGACGCCGCUGCAGCAGCCCUGGGCGCAGCGGCCGGAGCCAUGGCCGGCGCCGUCCAAUCAGCAGCCGCCACGUUGGCCAGCACCAUCGCGCAGGCUCCCGGCGGGCUCCUAUUCGACGACGCGUCGAAGAUCUGCGUGGAUUUCGGCCUUCUCCCCGCCUGCGACUUCUACUUCGAUCUGCUGGGCCCGCUCGGCCUGCCCUCGCUCCGCUUCCCCGUCGUCUCCGGCGGCGCGCUCGUGCUCUCCCAGCAGAACGGCGACCGCCCCGUGAGCCUCGCGAUCGCCACCGACGUUUCGCCUGGCGCUGGCGAAAUCGUUGGCGACAAGAAGAAGAAGGGUGGUUACCAGGUGGAGAUUGACGCGACGGGUCCGGCGGAAUACUGCAAGUGCGAGGCGGCAAAGCUGGCGAAAUCAGUGGCGCACGCCGGUGAUCAGUUCUAUGCGACAGGACAGCCUGCCAAGGUGUAUGCGCGCACGUUCCAGAAGAACCUGCCAGCGUCGGCCUUCAAGGGGUGCUGUGUACGCCUGCCGCUCACCAGCGUGCAGCUCAAGGCUCCCAAUGGUGACAUCAUCAACCUCAACAAGGGCGAUGGGAACAAGCAGUUUCCUGAGAAGCACCGCUGCCUGCUCUUCCACGUGCUCACCGUGUGAUCGCCACAAGCUCAUUGCGUGAUGAUCAGCUUAUAGAUUUAGGGAAGUCUCGUGGACCUAUGCAUGGACUGUGGGGAGCACAAGUUUGAAUUUGUACAGGGGAGAAGUAUUUGUGGAAUGCAGCAUCUUACUCAAGAAAUGCAAGUAAUGAUGUAUUGUGCAACUACAUUUUGCGUUAUUGUGGUAAAGUAGUAC